GGUUGAGAGGUACCGACUAAAGCUGAAUAGAUCGCUGAGCUUUGAAAAACUCUCCUUCUUUCCCCUUUCUCUCUCUCUCUCAAGCAAAGCAGAAUCUCUCGGAAAAGAUGGUACUGGAAACGCUGAAUCCAAUGCACUACAACAUCACCAGCCUAGUACCAGAGACGAUGCCAGUGGCCACAGUGCCCAUACUCAUUCUCAUGUGCUUUCUGUUUCUAAUAUGGAAUCAUGAAGAAACUUCAUCAAUACCAGGGCCAGGAUACUGUAUGGGAAUCGGUCCCCUCAUUUCACAUGGGAGAUUUCUCUGGAUGGGAGUAGGUAACGCCUGCAACUACUACAAUAAGACAUAUGGAGAAUUUGUCAGAGUUUGGAUCAGCGGUGAAGAAACGUUUAUAAUUAGCAAAUCCUCAAGUGUGUUCCAUGUAAUGAAACACUGGCAUUAUGUUUCUCGAUUUGGGAGCAAGCUUGGAUUACAGUGCAUCGGCAUGUAUGAAAAUGGGAUCAUAUUUAAUAACAACCCAGCACACUGGAAAGAAAUUCGACCCUUUUUCACCAAAGCUCUGUCUGGUCCUGGUCUUGUGCGUAUGAUAGCAAUUUGUGUUGAAUCAACAAUUGAUCACCUGGACAAACUAGAGGAAGUAACCACUGAAGUAGGAAACAUCAAUGUGUUGAAUCUUAUGAGACGGAUCAUGCUUGACACAUCUAACAAGCUUUUUCUUGGGAUACCUCUGGAUGAAAGUGCCAUUGUACUUAAGAUUCAGAACUACUUUGAUGCUUGGCAAGCACUUUUAUUAAAGCCCGACAUCUUUUUUAAGAUUUCUUGGCUGUGCAAGAAAUAUGAAGAGGCAGUCAAGGAUCUGAAAGGAGCAAUGGAAAUUUUAAUAGAACAGAAACGACAAAUGCUUUCCACUGUUGAAAAGCUGGACGAACACAUGGAUUUUGCAUCCCAGUUGAUUUUUGCACAGAACAGAGGGGAUCUGACUGCCGAGAACGUGAACCAGUGUGUGCUGGAGAUGAUGAUUGCUGCUCCUGAUACUCUGUCUGUGACUCUCUUCUUUAUGCUAAUACUGAUUGCAGAGCACCCCACAGUGGAAGAGGAGAUGAUGAGAGAAAUUGAAACCGUUAUGGGUGACAGAGACAUACAGAGCGAUGACAUGCCAAACUUAAAAAUCGUGGAGAAUUUUAUUUAUGAGAGCAUGAGAUACCAGCCAGUUGUGGACUUGAUCAUGCGAAAAGCUUUACAAGAUGAUGUAAUUGACGGCUAUCCUGUGAAAAAGGGGACAAACAUUAUUCUCAAUAUCGGACGUAUGCAUAAGCUUGAAUUCUUCCCAAAGCCGAAUGAGUUUUCUCUUGAAAAUUUUGAGAAAAAUGUUCCUUCACGCUAUUUCCAACCAUUUGGAUUUGGCCCUCGGGGCUGCGUAGGAAAGUUUAUUGCCAUGGUAAUGAUGAAAGCAAUUCUGGUGACUCUUCUGAGACGGUGCAGAGUACAGACAAUGAAAGGAAGAGGCCUUAACAACGUCCAGAAAAACAAUGACUUGUCCAUGCACCCAAUAGAAAAGCAGCCUCUGCUGGAGAUGGUUUUCACACCAAGAAGAAACACAAACACGAAUCAGGGUGAAUAAAAUGGAUCUGCAUCAGCAUUAAAGUUACAGGGCUUUCUCAGCCACAGCCACUAAGAAAUACCCAUCAUUCCUAGGUAAAGAUAUAGAGUAAAACAUUUUGUUGCCCCUAAAUCGCUACGGCUUCGGAUGACAACUUGUUCCGCCUGCACAGCAGAACCAGGUUUGGCCACAACUUCAAUGUAAUAAAGUAAGACUAAAAUUACAAAAUAGUCCUGUUGCUAGGUGAUGCCACACUAUAUGCAGGAUUCCUGGCUACUUUUUAAAAACCAUCAAGUUCAGAUGAA